ACGCUGCAGAACAGAAAGGACAUUCCCACAUGGAAAAUCUCCGAAGGAAGAAGGGCCCUGCUCUUUUUGUCAUCUUCCAUUAGUCCCUUCUCUCUCCCUCCUCCUCAAGAGUAACCCAUUCUCCUACCUUUUUCCUCUGCUUUCAACUUCGAUCCUGGGAAAGGAGAUCGUAUUUUACAAUGAGAAGCAUAACAUCUUGUUACAACGAACACGCCGUUCGAAUAUCGGACUCAUACUGUUCGGGGCCUUCAAACCAGGCCUACCUCUGUCCAAAACAGAGUCCUUCUGCUCGAGACUCAAUCACCUGCACAUACAGAGUCGACCUCUCCCAGCAAAAACAGCUUCUGAUCACGCUUAAUUGGACCAAGAAACUCAUGGGGCAAGGCUUUUGCAUAGCCAUCAGCAACACCAACCCCACCUCGAGCGCCAAUUCUCGGCAGCUGGUAAAUAGCAAAGGCAACGAAACGUUCCAAAUCCACGACUUCAAAAUCCAGGUCCUGUGGGAUCUCUCGGAUGCUAAGUACGACUCAGGGCCAGAGCCAGCGAGUGGGUUCUACGUCAUCGUUCUGGUGGACUCGGAUCUGGGCCUGCGUCUCGGAGACAAGGAAGAGGAAUCGUCGGGAGAAGUGGAAGCCAAGACGGGGGGGUCGAACAGUUCAAUGGUUUAUCGGAGAGAGCGUUUUUCUGGGAGUCACAUUUAUUCGACAAAAGCACAGUUCUGCGAAACAGGGGACGUCCACGAGAUAUUAAUAAAGUGGGUGGUGGAGGAAGAAGGGUCCAAGACGAAGGGUCAUGUACUGUGUGUGAGUAUAGACAAGAAGACAAUAUUGGAAGUGAAGAGGUUGAGGUGGAAUUUCAGAGGGAACCAGGUGAUGUUCUUGGACGGGGUGCUGGUGGACAUGAUGUGGGACGUUCAUGAUUGGCUGUUCAAACCCAGCAAGAGGAGUGCUGUGUUUAUGUUCAGGACAAGAAGUGGCAUGGAUAGCAGGCUAUGGUUGGAGGAGAAGACUCUGGGGGCACACAAGGAUGCACACAGAAUUGGCUUCUCUCUGCUCUUAUGUGCCUGUAACAAUCCUGACUGAACAAUCAUCACACCACCCCUUCAAUCCUCUUGUUCUUUUUUUUAUAGUUCUUGUCCUUUUGGCUCUUCUUCUUUUAUUUACUUGGCUGGCUUUGAAGAAGUGAAAAUUACCUCCUCCUCCUUCUUGGCGUUCUCUUUUUUGUUUUAAUACGUAUUUUUUAAAUAUAUUGUUGAUGAUAUAGCUUUUGUGGUUGUCCUAUG